AUGGGACGGGACUCCUGCCUAAGAGAGUUUAGCGACUCCCUUGAGCAGGUGGUACAGUAUCCAGUGAACCUUAUCUCUACUGAUUCUUACCCUCAUCAAUUGCAAUCUUACCUCACUCGCCUCAACGACGCAGAAACCAAGCUUUGCUGUGUUGAUGGUAAAGCGAAGCUUGCAUUCUGGAUAUGCGAAGAGCAAGGAUGUGGUGAGUUCCGUUACUCCGACUACUUACGCGAUGCGAUGUCUGAUACACCAUCUCUUGGCUCAGGAUUCAAAACAAGCUGUGUCAGCGAUGUAGAUGAGCUUGGGAAACUCUACAAAAUCGACACGAACUUUAACCCUGGCAUCAAGGACCCCCGAUGUUGUUUUACGUUCAUCCACGCUCGCCAUUCAAGAGACAGGCUGUUGAUCUCGCGGCCCAUGAUGUCCCUCCUUUUCACUUAUCAUCAGGUAAUGCCCGCUUUUCUCGACUUUGUCCUGACGUUCGGAAGACGCGAACAUGGCCAAGAGCUUCACUAUGGCGGUUUCCGUUCGGAGUCCAGGUUACUAGACUCAAGCACGAGGAUCCCCGAAAUCGGACGUUCGGGAAGAGACUUUCGGCUCUGCUACAACCUGAAGUCGGUCGAGCACUCUCCCAAGCAAACAGACUGGCCAUGGUCUGUUCGGCAAACCGCCAUACAUCACACCUUUGACAUUGUGACAGGGCGCGCGUCAUGGAUCGUCGUCAAAGGCGAUGGCCUGAUGGAAAACAGGGUCAAGGAAGCCACAGAUCCAUCCAGCCGGGCGGCUGCCUCGCAAUUCGAUACUAACAGUCGGUCCUUCGCAUCAUCUUUAAACACUCAUCUCAUCUACAUCGACUGGGCAGGAGAAAAUUGGCAAUCUUACAUUGACUUCCUCGAGGAUGAGGCUCAAGAUAAGACACGACGAGUCUUGUCCGCCGAUGUCGAUAGACUGCCAAAGUCUAAGGUUGCUGCUCUGCCAACUACGCCUUCACCAAAGCUCUCUCAGCGAUCAUGGUCAGGGCUAUCCAGCCUCGCUACCGAAAAAGGCUCACAAAUGCUUUCGGGCUCCUCUCACUCAUGGGCCAAACUUCCGGGCAAACUACGACAAUUCGCGAGCACUUCGUACUACGCGCAGCGACGGACGCAAGAGAAAGUAGAAACGGCUGGUGGGAAUGACGAGCUCAGGUUCUACUUUGCCGACUUGCAGAGGGCGCAAUAUCUCGAAGAGAAGACAAACGGCGCGAUUCUGGUCAUCAACAUCAACCUCAGUGUGAUCAGCGAGAUGAAGAAAUUCUACCAAGAACUGCUACGCGCAGACGAGUCUUCUGACGAAAUCAGCAUGAACUGCGGCGACGACGUAGAGAGGUUUCUCAGACGCGCUUCCAGCGCAGAGAACGACUUGCGGCUUCAAAAGAGCCGGGCAGAGUCCCUGGUCCGGGUGUUGGCCGACAGGAAAAACCUGCUCUUCGGCGCCCUCGAGUACCACAAUAUGGAGGCUAGCAGGCUCUCGGCGCAAAGUAUGCAUGCGGUCGCGCAGCAAACGCAACAAGAAACCGUCUCGAUGAGGAUCAUCACGCUUGUCACGCUCUUUUUUCUUCCAGCAACAUUUAUCUGUACUCUUAUGAGUACGGACAUAAUCAGGUGGGACUCAGGAGACGGAGACCCUCAGGAAAGAACUGUAUCAACUGGUGCUAUUGAGUUCUUCUUUGCAAUCACGUUACCCCUGAGCUGCUGCACGUUCUCGGCCUGGUGGUAUUUCAAUCGCAGAUUGACGCGUGCCCAACAGGCCAAGGACGCUGCAAUGUGCCUUGUUUAG